GAAGGAGAGAGCGACAGAGUGAGAGACAGAGAAAACGACUCCCACCUCUGUCCAUCAUCCUACGAUCUAGCAAGGUGCCACUAAGAGAGUCGAGCCUUUCUGGGUACCAUUUCCCACUGAUGGAGCGAAAGGAAUAACCGUUAAAACCGGCUUCUCGCAGUCAAAUGGAAGACAACCGCGUACGGCUGUGCUAAAAAGAACGAAAAAGUCACUGCGAUUUCCUGCGCUUUUAUUCAUUUAAUAGCAAAUUAUUGGUAUUUUGUUUGUUCUUGCACUCUUUGGCGUACCUGGAUUUUUUACCUCACAGAUUCUCCGCAAAGAUACAGAGCAAGAGCUUUUACAAAGAGUUACUUUUCCAAAGAGCAGUCUUUUUAAAUUUGUUUUGUCGGAUUUUUUUUAUUCUUAGAGAUGUGGUCACGGACCUGAAGGCAAGCUGGUUUUGAAGGUGGUUGACUUGUUCCCCUCACCCCGAGCCGGCAUCACCAUGGCAGCGGGAGUGGCGGCGUGGCUUCCGUUUGCCAGGGCUGCAGCCAUUGGCUGGAUGCCUGUGGCUAACCUUCCCAUGCCCGUCGCUCCAACCGAGAAGAACAAGAGGCAGGACGAGCUGAUCAUUCUGAACGUUAGCGGGCGGCGCUUCCAGACCUGGAGGAACACCCUAGACCGCUACCCUGACACCCUGUUGGGCUCCUCAGAGAAGGAGUUCUUCUACAACGAGGAGACCAAGGAGUACUUCUUCGACCGAGACCCGGACGUCUUCCGCAGCGUCCUCAACUUCUACCGGACCGGCAAGCUGCACUAUCCGCGGUAUGAGUGCAUCUCGGCCUACGAUGAGGAGCUGGCCUUCUUCGGCAUCAUCCCGGAGAUCAUUGGCGACUGCUGCUACGAAGAGUACAAGGACCGCAAGCGGGAGAAUGCCGAGCGCCUCAUGGAUGACCAGGAGGACAACAAGGACAGCAAGCUGCCCAACAUGACCUUCCGCGAGACCAUGUGGCGGGCCUUCGAGAAUCCCCACACCAGCACCAUGGCCUUGGUCUUCUACUACGUCACAGGCUUCUUCAUCGCCAUCUCCGUCAUUACCAAUGUGGUGGAGACGGUGCCGUGUGGCUCCACGCCCAACCAGAAGGACAUGCCGUGUGGAGAGCGAUACACAGUGGCCUUCUUCUGCAUGGACACAGCCUGUGUCAUGAUCUUCACAGUGGAGUACCUGAUGCGCCUGUUCGCUGCGCCCAGCCGCUACCGCUUCAUUCGCAGCGUCAUGAGCAUCAUCGACGUGGUGGCCAUCCUGCCCUACUACAUCGGCCUGGUCAUGACCGACAACGAGGACGUCAGUGGGGCCUUCGUCACGCUCAGGGUCUUCCGCGUCUUCCGGAUUUUCAAGUUCUCACGCCACUCGCAGGGGCUGCGCAUCCUGGGCUACACGCUGAAGAGCUGCGCCUCGGAGCUGGGCUUCCUGCUCUUCUCCCUCACCAUGGCCAUCAUCAUCUUUGCCACCGUCAUGUUCUACGCCGAGAAGGGCUCCAGCUCCAGCAAGUUCACCAGCAUCCCGGCGUCCUUUUGGUACACCAUCGUCACCAUGACCACUCUGGGGUAUGGGGAUAUGGUGCCGAAGACGAUAGCGGGGAAGAUCUUCGGCUCCAUCUGCUCACUGAGCGGCGUGUUGGUAAUAGCCCUGCCCGUUCCUGUCAUCGUCUCCAACUUUAGCCGAAUCUAUCACCAGAACCAGAGAGCAGACAAGCGACGGGCGCAGAAGGUACAGAAAGCCAGGCUGGCCAGGAUACGAAUAUCCAAGACGGGCAGCUCCAGUGCCUUCCUGCACAGCAAGCGGAACGGCUUACUGAACGAGGCCCUGGAACUCACACACCCUCCUUACAAGUUGAACCUUUCUGAGCAGGGCUCCACAGAGGAGGAGCAGCGGCGUACCAAGACCACCUCUUUGCUGGAGAGCCAACACCACCACCUACUGCACUGCCUGGAGAAGACCACGAACCAUGAGUUUGUGGACGAGCACCUGUAUGAGCAGAACUACCUGGAGAGCGCUCUGCAAAGCUACCGGUCACGCAGCCCCUCCCUCUCCAGCCAGAGCGGCCUGACGGGCACCUGCUGCUCCCGCCGCACCAAAAAGAGCACCCACCUGCCCAACUCCAGCACACCUGCCACCCACCUGCACAGCCUGCAGGAGCUCAGCGCCAUCCACAUCCAGUGUGGGGACCAGCCUCCUCUCAGCACCAGUCGAUCCAGCCUCAACAUGAGGCCCGACGAGGGCUCCCGCCUCAACUGCAAGAGCGGCCAGAUCACCACAGCGAUCAUCAGCAUCCCCACGCCGCCAGCUACCACCCCCGACGGUGAUGGCCACCCGCCCCCUCCCAGCCCCAGCGUCCAGACCACGGCCAGCUCGAACAUUGUCAAGGUGUCCGCACUGUGAGGCCCGGCGAGUCCUCUUCCAAUAAAAAAAAAAAAAA